AUGUGUAGAUAUAUUGAUGAUGUCUUCUUUACUUGUAAUCAAUCGGAAGAUAAAGUGAAAGAAAUAUUAGAUGCAGCAAAUAAUUUUCAUCCGAAUAUUGAAUUAGAAUAUAAGAUUGGUAAAUGUGCUCCCUUUCUUGAUGUUUAUGUUGAAAAUAAUAAUGGUAAUUUUGUAUCAUCGGUGUAUCAUAAACCUUCGACUGAAUCAACAGUGUUAUCUUUUCUCUACGAUCAUCCACGACAUGUAUUUCGAAAUGUUAUUCAAACUUCUCUCAAUCGAGCAAUUCGCUAUUCAUCCACAUUUGAUAUAUUUAAUCAUGAACGACGUGCAAUUCGUUUAAUGCUCCUAUAUAAUAGGUAA